AUGGCACAUCAAGCACACGCAUAUCACAUAGUUGACCCAAGCCCAUGACCCCUAACGGGCGCAAUCGCUGCCCUACUAAUAACCUCCGGCCUAGCCAUUUGGUUCCAUUUCAACUCCACCAUUUUGAUAUCUCUGGGCCUCGUCCUUCUACUCCUUACCAUGCUCCAAUGAUGGCGAGACAUUAUUCGAGAAGGUACAUUUCAAGGUCACCAUACACCCCCUGUUCAAAAAGGCUUACGUUAUGGUAUAAUCCUUUUUAUUACCUCAGAAGUUUUCUUUUUCCUAGGGUUUUUCUGAGCCUUCUAUCACUCUAGCCUCGCCCCCACCCCUGAGCUGGGAGGCUGCUGACCCCCUACUGGGGUUCUUACCCUUGACCCAUUUGAAGUCCCCCUUCUUAACACAGCUGUCUUACUAGCUUCGGGUGUUACAGUUACCUGAGCUCACCAUAGUAUUAUAGAGGGGGCACGUAAACAAGCCAUUCAAUCACUUACCCUAACCAUUCUAUUAGGCUUUUACUUCACACUUCUUCAAGCCAUGGAAUACUAUGAAGCCCCCUUCACAAUUGCUGAUGGUGUUUAUGGCUCCACCUUCUUCGUGGCAACCGGGUUCCAUGGCCUCCAUGUAAUUAUCGGCUCCACAUUUCUCGCAGUUUGUUUAAUCCGACAAACCCAGUACCACUUCACAUCAGAGCACCACUUUGGCUUUGAAGCAGCCGCCUGAUAUUGACACUUUGUUGAUGUAGUCUGAUUAUUCUUAUAUGUCUCAAUCUACUGAUGAGGAUCUU